CUGUUUCCACUUUGGUGUUUAUGUUUGGAUUACCUUUACGUUGUUUGUGAUUUAUUUGGUCUGAGGUUUCGCCCAAAAGCACAGGGCCUCAUCCUCAUUUUUGAAUCCUUAAAUCCGGAAACUCGCUCCAUCCUCGGCGUGUCCACGUGUGAGUGAGCGUGGAUAAUGGCGGCCGUGCCUUCGCCGCCCACACCUACCUCCUCGCCGGCGCCUCUACCUAGCCCGCUCCCCCCUAGUGCCAGUGCUUCCGCCUCCAAUCCCACGCCCGCCCCUUUGAUCAUGCCCUCGGCCAUUAAAAAGGAGGAGCCGGAUUCCGAAUUGUCCCGCGUGCUCAAGUUCUUGCAAGAGAACCAAUUGGGCGAUGCAGCCGAAAAGGUGAAGCGGGCCUUUGCCACGUCCAGCCCUUCAACGGCCUCUUCUUCCUCAGCGGCCACGGGCAUCAAGACCGAACCCGCCACGCCCAAUGUGGGAUCACAACCCAAUAACGUGUUGGCCUCCUACGAGAGCGAGGGCGAUCCGAGGUUGUAUGAGAGGGUCUAUCAUGAUUUGGUGGAGUUUGUACACAACUCGUUGGAUUUGUAUCGCCAUGAAUUGGCCUUGAUCUUGUACCCCGUGUUUGUGCACAUGUACCUGGAAUUAAUCUACAACAGCCACGAAAGCACGGGCAAGGAUUUCUUGGACCGAUUCUCCGUCAUUCAAGAGACGUUCUUCCAAGAGGACAUCAAGAAGUUGUCCUUCAUUUCCAAGAAGGAACACAUGGCAGGCAGUGAGCUCAUGGAGAAUUUCCAGACCUCUCAGUUCACGGUCAGAAUGUCCCGCGAUACCUACAGUCAGUUGCGGCAGCAGAAGAAGUACAUGAGUGAGAAGAAGUACACCAUCUUGUGGAACAUCAUUCAAGAGCAUCUCUACUUAGACGUGUACGAGGGGAUUGCUCGAAAUAAAGGCCAAAUUGUGAGUACUGCCGGAGGCGUAGUGGGAGAAGCCAAUCGGCAAGCCAACCGCACCAAGAUUUUUCACGGCUUGCCUAAAGAGCCGGAUUUGGCCAACUACUUGAGUGUGGCGGCCGAGAGUGAAGAUCCGGGUGAGGAAGGCGAUAAGGCCAAGAAGAAGAAGGCUAAAAAAGACUUGUCCUUCCUGCGUAAACAACGUAAUGAUCCCAAUGCCCCCUCGGCCAAUCGCAUGCCCUUCCCGGAGCUUAAAGACGGUGACAAGAUCGAAAAGGCCAAGAAGUACCGUGAGCUCCAGAAGCGUCUCCGUUUAACCAACGAAUCUUUACCCUCGGCGUGUUUCUACACCGUAUUGAAUGCCAAGGAGUCGGUCACGGCCGUGGAACUGAGCGAUGAUAGCACCUUGAUCGCCUUGGGAUUUGCCAAUGCCAGUGUCCAGGUCUGGUCUUUGUUACCGUACAAGCUAAAGCCUCUGAAACCGGCUGAGACUCUCAUGGAUAUUGAUCAGGAUGCGGAUGACGUUUUCCACCGAAUGAUGGAUGACAAUAAAGGCGAGGCCUUCAAAGAGUUUCUCGGACAUUCCGGGCCCGUAUAUGGCUUGUCCUUUGAUCCCAACAAGGACUUCUUGAUCUCCUGCUCUGAGGAUGGGUCCAUUCGUCUUUGGAGCUUACAAACGUGGACCUGUAUCGUGAACUUCCGAGGACAUAUGAGCCCAGUUUGGCAAGUCUUGUUUUCUCCUCUCGGUUAUUAUUUUGCAUCUUGUGGCCAUGACAAAACUGCGCGAUUGUGGAGUACCGAGCAAUCUCAAAGUUUGCGGAUCUUUGCUGGCCAUUUCUCCGAUGUAGAUUGCAUUGCGUUUCAUCCCAAUGGAAAUUACGUGGCAUCCGGAUCCAGUGAUCGAAGUGUUCGUCUAUGGGAUUGCGUCACCGGGGCUUGUGUGAGGUUGAUGACGGGUCACAAAAAAUCCAUUUCUUGCGUUCAAUUCUCAGUCGACGGGCGCUUCUUGGUGACGGGAGGUGAGGAUCGCCGGAUUCUCGUGUGGGACGUGGUCUACGGCCACUUGUUGGGCGAUUUCGAGUCCCAUGGGAAGCGCAUCAUCGCCCUUGGGUUCAGUCGAGGCGGGUCGACAUUGGCGUCAGCCUCGUUCGAUAACAGUAUCAAGUUGUGGAACUUUGAAAAAUUCACCUCCGAGCUUAACUUGGAGGAAGUCAACGUGACUCACAACCCGAAUGUGGACAAGGACAGCAAACGACUACACAUGGCUACUUUCUACACCAAGGACACAGGUAUUGCCGGAUUACAUUUCACGCGUCGCAAUCUCUUGAUCGGCGUUGGGGCCUUUCAUUGAGGGAGCCUACUACCCAUGAGGUGAAAUAUUUACUCAGGAAAAUAGAUUCUUGGAAAUAGAACCGUAUUCACUCUUGUACCCUCUA